ACGUUGCCAAGAACCGCCAGCAGCUCGACGUGCUAGUGACUACAGAAGGCCCAGUGUGUUUUCAGACGAUGCUAGUAGGAGUUGCGCAUAAACACCCAGCCUUUUAUCAGUAUUAAUUACUUGCGCGUCAGGAUGAUUAUAGACAAUGUUGACGCUCUGAAAUCCUGGCUGGCUAAACUUCUUGAACCCAUAUGUGAUGCUGACCCGUCUGCAUUGGCAAACUACGUCGUGGCGUUAGUAAAGAAGGAUAAACCAGAGAAAGAACUCCGAGCGUUGUGUGCGGAUCAGCUGGAUGUGUUCCUCCAGAAAGAGACUACAGGGUUCGUCGAUAAACUCUUUGAAUGCCUAACCACCAAAAAUUAUUUGGGAACUCCAGCUGCUAAAGAAGAGAGUAAAAUCCCAGUGCAGAAGCUUGAGGAGAAGGAAGAGCCUAGUCAUGUUGAAGAUGAUAGGGAUAACAGAAGAAGAAGAAGCCCAUUAAGGAAUCGUUCAGACUUCAACGAAUCAAGGGCUAGAGAUGACCGCAGGAGAGACGACCGUAAGCGACGGGAACUGGACCGUCAUGGAAAGAGCGGAGAAUCGUACCGAGACCGACAUGAGCGUCGAGGAGGAAGCUCACGGGGGAGAAGCUACAGUCGAAGCAGGAGUCGUAGCCGCAGUAGCAGCCGUGGAAAGAGCCGAGAAAGAGAGCACAAUCAGAGGAGAGCAGAGCACAGAUCCAAAUUUGAGCCGGAGCGGAAGGACAUAGAGCCUUACAACCCAUCCUCUGCCCACAUGGGUAACCCACACCACCAGCAGACCCAUCCACCCCCCCUGCUCCCUCUGCCCCUUCCUCAGCACCAGUUCCACUCUUCAGGGAGCCCAGUCGUCCCCAACGCUGUAACCGUGGUAGCACCGGCUCACCUGCCCGACAGCACUACAGAGAGCUGGUCCACAUACUUCACCAACCACACAGACGGCAAGACGUUCAACAAGAGCAACACGCUUAAACACCGCUGCAGAGACUACGACGAGAAAGGAUUUUGUAUACGAGGCGAUCUCUGUCCUUUUGACCACGGUAAUGACCCUCUGAUCGUGGAUGACGUCACGCUUCCUACCAUGAUCCCGUUUCCACCCCCACCAGGCCUGCCACGGAUGCCCAUGCCGCCAAUGACAGAACCACCUCCUCGCAUGCCCAUGCCACUGCCCCCUCCCCACGGACAGCCUCCGCCUCCAGGCAUCUACCCCAUGCCAGGGCCUCCUCUAAUCCCAGCUACUAGGAUAGACACUCAACCCCACUCCAGAACCAGCACCUCUUCCCCUUUGGCCCUGCCUGGAGUGAGACCUCCUCCUCCUCCUCCUCCUCCACCACCACCUCCUUCCUCAUCUUCCUCCUCUUCUGCCUCUCUUCACCCUCAGUACACGCUCUCUGAAUACAGCUAUGACCCUGAGGCCUAUAACCCAGAGUCUCCGGGACUGACCGGGCCAGGCAGAGCUCAGUACCGCCAUUUUAUUCCUCGCAUCCAGACACAGAGACCCAAUCUCAUCGGCCUCACUGCUGGGGACGGACAAAGCUCACGAGCGGCUAACAUAGUAAUCCAGACAGAGCCAUCUGUCACGAGUGUUUCGAGCGGAGAGGUGAGGUACAGCUCUGAGCAGGAGAACAGGAAGAGAUGUUUGCCAUCUACAGAUGGACCACAGGCCAAAAAACCCUGGAUGGACAAGCAAAAUUUCAAUAACCAGCAUAAGCCCACCUUCCCGAAAAAGAACCAUUACGUCAACACCAAACUAGAGGUCCGCAAAAUCCCCCGGGAGCUCAACAACAUCACCAAACUCAAUGAGCACUUCAGCAAGUUUGGAACAAUAGUCAACAUCCAGGUGGUGUUUGGGGGCGACCCCGAGGCGGCAUUGAUCCAGUACACAGCUAAUGAUGAGGCUCGGAGGGCCAUCUCCAGCACCGAAGCUGUUCUGAAUAACCGCUUCAUCAGAGUGUACUGGCAUCGAGAGGCCACAUCCAACUCACAGGAACAGGGACCCAGUCAGAGCACAAACCCUGGACACCAACAUCCCGCAACUCACAAGGUCGUUAAUAAGCUGCACACCGCAGGAUCUUAUGUGCUGAACAAAACCUUCCCUAAACAGCAGACUGCCACAGGAGCCGCAGGCACAACGGGCAGCACUGAACUUACCAGCCCAAGCCAGGAACCUUCAGUGGGUUUGAUGCCACCUUCAAGUUUACAGAAGGGUCCGUUCUUGCGCACAGUGUUGAAAACCGCAUCAAAAUCAUUGGGAAAAACGGGCAAAGCACUGGAAGCUCAGGAGGUUUUGAAAAAGAAGCAGGAGGCAUUGAAACUGCAGCAAGACAUGAGGAAGAAGAAACAAGAAAUGCUUGAAAAACAGAUUGAAUGUCAAAAGGAUCCAGUCAGCCCCUUUCUGCUUCCAGAGGAAGAGGAAGAAGAUGAAGAUGAAGAUGAUGAAUACGAGAGCCGCUCAUGGAGGCGAUGAAAAAGGGGAAACGACACCGCUUUUUGUUCAAGGACUCUCAUUUUUAGUUUCUGUUUGUGAAUUCUAAUUUAAGUAUAUUUGAUUGAAUGAGACUUUCAUUCUUUUUUUAAGAUGGUUUUCAGUAUUUUGAGAGGUGGAAAAAAUGAAAAGUCUAACGGCAUUCUCCGUACACGAGAAUAUAAGAGAAUGUGAGACGUCUGUGGGGACUUGCAGUGUUUCUGUCACUCUGAAAUCUCUGCAUUAUAUAUCAAACUCUCACUUUUGCUGAGAUUGCAAAAUGUUUCAGCUAGGGAACAUUUUGUUUCACUGUGCAUGACCAGAUAUCAGUAACUCACAACAUUUGUGACUACUGUGAAUUUUUUUUUUUUAUAUAUGUAUACCUAAGUUGUUUUGCCCAUUUUUCUAGUUCAGUGUAUGAUUUAACAUGAAACCUCAUCUGCACUUUGUGCCACUUUGGCCUGUGGUAGAAAUUCUCCCAAUGGACGCACUCAUUUGGCAUCGUUCCCAUUAAAGGCAUCGCUUUCCAUUGUGAAGAAACAAUAUGCCCUAAUGAUGUCAAACCCUUUCAAAACACUCUUGUAUCUGCUUUCUAAAGUUUGGGCAGUAUAUAUCUCCAGAUGGAUUAUUUUUCCUUCUUCUCAAGAUUAAUGUGCCACUUCCUGUAAAUAUAGACUCUAUAGAAGAUAUAUGUGGCAUACUUCAUUUUGGUCAGUGUGUCCGACUGUU